AUGCUAUCUCAAGUGAAGAAACUGUAUGAGUUUAAUCUUGCCACGCUCACAGUUGACUAUCGAGGCUACGGACAUAGCGAAGGCGUACCGUCUGAAAAUGGUAUCCGCCUCGACGCUCAGGCCGCCAUAGACUAUGUAAAGAACCACCACAUCCUGUGCAAACUCCCAAUCAUUCUAUUCGGUCACGGUCUGGGUGGGGCUGUAGCUAUCUAUACUGCAAGUAAAAACCCAAACACGGUAUCCGCUGUAAUAGUUGAAAAUACCUAUACAUCAAUUCCAGAUCUCCUCAAAAGCAUGCCUGUCAUCCGCUAUUUCUCCUGGAUGUCUACACAGAAAUGGAGGUCAUCAACCGCAUUAUCCCGUCUUCCUACAUCAUUGCCCAUUUUGAUUCUGAGCGGGCGUAUGGAUGAGUACAUACCGUACACGUACAUGGAGAAACUGUGGAAAAUAGCGAUGAAUAGAGGUCGUUCGGAAAGCAAAAAUAGUGUACCAAAUGAAGAAUAUAGACCUCCUAUGAACGACAUGUUUCGGGUCUUUCCUGAUGGAAUGCACUAUUAUACGUCCCACGAACCCUACUAUUGGGAGACCGUUUUUGAAUUUCUUGACCCUUUAAUUCGUAUUUCUCAUACAGAAACGUAG